GCUGGUAGGUGGGGCAGGUGGGAGGAGAGUCCGGGAGCAAGUCGGGCUGUUCGGUUCCCUCCACGGCCUGGAAGCAGAGAAGCAACUGGGCUGAAGCAGACAAAGAGGAUGACAAAAAGAGCAUUCUAGACAACUGAGAAUAACAAGCAACUUUGAAAAUGAUCCACCAAUCAAACUAUUUUCAAUUUCGUUCAAAAAGCCACACAAUUCUCCUUCCCGGCAGCCGAUAGACAAAAGAGAGAAAAUCAAAUUAGAUUCUGAGCAGGAAAAAGUACAUUACAUAAAAAGACAAGGGAGAUUAUUUUUCCAUUCAGAAAAAGAGGGAUAUCUCUGGAUGUCAGUGGGGAGGAAAAGGUCAAUUGGAAAGCCACGUAGAGCAGACAGUGAUGCAGGCCUUGCUCUGGGAGGGGGAAAAAAACAGCUUGAAUCAAAGCAGCACUAAACAAGGGAUCCUCCAUAUUUUUAACCUCCUCAGGAUUAUCAGUUGUGGAAAAACUCCAUAGAUAUGCCUAUUUUGGAAAAGAUACAACUUGCAAAUCACAGCUGAUUAUGCAUGAAAGGAACCACACAAGAGAAAAACUAUACAAUCACUCUGACUGAGGCAAACCCUUUGGUCAAAACAGCUCUGUUAUGGUUCAUGGAAGGACCCACAGAGGAGAGAAGCCCUACAACUGCUUGAAAUAUGGUAAAUGCUUUAGUGAGCAUGGCAAAUUGAUGAUGCACCAGAGGACUCACACAGGAGAGAAAACAUUUGACUGUCCUGACUGUGGGAAAAGGUUCAUUAGAAAUUGCCACCUUGUGAGACACCAGAGGACUCACACAGGAGAAAAACCAUUUGAAUGCCCUAUCUGUGGGAAAAGUUUCAGUCAAACCUUUAACCUGGUAAAUCACCAGAGGAUACACACAGGAGAAAAACCCUUUGAAUGUCCUGAUUGUAGGAAAAGUUUCAGUCAAAACUCUAGCCUGGUGAUACACCAGAGGACUCACACAGGAGAGAAACCCUUUAAAUGUGCUAUUUGUGGGAAAAGCUUCAGUCACAGUUCCAGCUUGGUGAUACACCAGAGGACUCACACAGGAGAAAAACCCUUUGAAUGUCCUGAUUGUAGGAAAAGUUUCAGUGAAAAUUCCAGCCUAGUGAUACACCAGAGGAAUCACACGCGAGAUAGACCCUUUCAAUGUCCUGAUUGUGGGAAAAGUUUCAGAGAUAAUUCCAGCCUGGGGAUACACCAGAGGACUCAUACAGGAGAGAAACCCUUUGAAUGUCCUGAUUGUGGGAAAAGUUUCAGAGAUAAUUCCAGCCUGGGGAUACACCAGAGGACUCAUACAGGAGAGAAACCCUUUGAAUGUCCUGAUUGUGGGAAAGGUUUCAGUCGGAAUUGCCACCUCAUGAUACACCAGAGGACUCACACAGGAGAGAAACCCUUUGAAUGUUCUGAUUGUGGGAAAAGUUUCAGUCAGAAUUCCAACCUGGUGAAACACCAGAGGACUCACACAGGAGAGAAACCCUUUGAAUGCCCUAUCUGUGGGAAAAGUUUCAGUCAAACCUUUAACCUGGUAAAUCACCAGAGGACACACACAGGAGAAAAACCCUUUGAAUGUCCUGAUUGUGGGAAAAGUUUCAGUAAAAAUUCCAACCUUGUGAAACACCAGAGGUCUCACACAGGAGAAAAACCAUUUGAAUGCCCUAUCUGUGGGAAAAGUUUCAGUCAAACGUCUAACCUGGUAAAUCACCAGACGACACACACAGGAGAAAAACCCUUUGAAUGUCCUGAUUGUAGGAAAAGUUUCAGUGAGAAUUCCAACCUGGUGAUACACCAGAGGACUCACACAGGAGAGAAACCCUUUAAAUGUGCUAUUUGUGGGAAAAGCUUCAGUCACAGUUCCAGCUUGGUGAUACACCAGAGGACUCACACAGGAGAAAAACCCUUUGAAUGUCCUGAUUGUGGGAAAAGUUUCAGUCAGAAUUCCCACCUGGUGAACCACCAGAGGACUCACACAGGAGAAAAACCCUUUGAAUGUCCUGAUUGUGGGAAAAGUUUCAGUCAGAAUUCCCACCUGGUGAAACACCAGAGGACUCACACAGGAGAAAAACCCUUUGAAUGUCCUCAUUGUGGGAAAAGUUUCCGUCAGAAUUCCCACCUGGUAAAUCACCAGAAGACACACACAGGAGAAAAACCCUUUGAAUGUCCUGAUUGUGGGGAAAGUUUCAGUAAGAAUUCCAACCUUGUGAAACACCAGAGGACUCACACAGGAGAGAAACCCUUUGAAUGUUGGAAUUCCACCCUAGUGAUACACCAGAGGACUCACACAGGAGAGAAACCAUAUGAAUAUCCAGAUUGUGGAAUAAGUUUCAUUCAGAAUUCUGAUUUGCACUUGUUCAUUGACAGCAUGUCAGCAAUUCCUGUGGCAAUGAAGGUGCAGGAAAAGGAGAUGCACCAAUUUGGAUUGUGUGAAAGUUUCAUUGGAAAUUCACACCUCAUGAGACAACAGAGGACUCGCAUAGAAGAGAAACCUUUUGAAUGCCCUAUCUGUGGCAAAAGUUUCAGUCGCAAUAACAGCCUGGUGAACCACCAGAGGACUCACACAGGAGAGAAACCUUUUGAAUGUCCUGACUGUGGGAAAUGUUUCAGUGGAAAUUCUAGCUUGGUUAGACACCAGAGAACUCACACAGGAGAGAAACCCUUUGAAUGUCCUGAUUGUGGUAAAUGUUUCAGUCGGAGUUCAAGCCUAGUGAUACACCAAACAACUCACACAGGACAGAAACCCUUUGAAUGUUCUGAUUGUGGGAAAGGUUUCUGUAAGAAUUCAAGCCUGGUGACACACAAAACAACUCACACAGGAGAGAAACCCUUUGAAUGUUCUGAUUGUGGGAAAGGUUUCAGUCAGAAUUCAAGCCUGGUGAUUCAUCAGAGGACUCACACAGGAGAGAAACCCUUUGAAUGUCCUGAUUGUGGGAAAGGUUUCAUUAGAAAUUCCCAUCUAGUGAGACACCAGAGCACUCACACAGGAGAGAAACCCUUUGAAUGUCCUGAUUGUGAAAAACGUUUCAGUCAAAAUUCCAAUCUGGUGAUACACCAGAGGACUCACACAGGAGAGAAACCCUUUAAAUGUCCUGAUUGUGGGAAAAGUUUCAAUAGAAAUUCUCGCCUCGUUAGCCACCAGAGGGUUCACAUAGAAAGGAUACUCUUUGAAUGUCGUUAUUGUGGGAAAUGUUUCAGUCACAAUUCCAACCUGGUGUUACACCAAAGGAGUCACACAGGAGAGAAACCCUUUGAAUGUGCUAUCUGUGGGAAACAGUUCAGUCACAAUUCCAACCGGUUGAAACACCAGAGGAUGCACAUAGAAAAGAAAUCAUAUGAAUGUCCUGAUUGUGGGAAAAAAUUCAGUUGCAAUUCUAGACUGCUGACACACCAGAGGACUCACUCCAGAGAAAAAACAUAUCAGUGUCCAUAUUGUGUGAAAUGUUUCCUUUGGAAUUCUGAGCUCGUGAAACACCAGAGGAUUCACACAGGAGAGAAACCAUACGAGUGUCCAGAAUGUGGGAAAGAUUUCAGUACUAGGCCUAGCCUUUUAAAUCAUGUGCUUAUACACACAGGGGAGAAACCAUUUAAGUGCCCUGAGUGUGGACGGUGUUUCAGGAAACAUUCCACUCUUACCACACACAAGAAAAUCCACAUGAGGCCCAAAGUGAUGAGUAUAGAGAAGACUUGAAUUUU